GAUCACAGUAAGCCUCCGGAAGGAUUGUCAGUCAUUUGUGAGCGAUUUUACGACGUGACAAGACGUAUUUGUGCCAAAUCUCCGGAGAAAAUGUCCCAAAACAUAUCAUGGAUCCAUUGCAACAUCUGCACACAUCUCUUCAAGCACAAGGAUCGUCGAUUUUUCGUCUUGUCCUGCCAACCAAAGCAUCUUCUCUGCCACAUUUGUAUGGGAAAGACGAACCAAGGCAAGAUGUGUCCGUUGUGCAAAUCGAAGGCAACUUACAUGGAAAUCACAAAUUCCAUGAAUCCCCAUGCCAAGCAGUACUUCGACUAUCAAGGUUGUCGCACAAAUCAGCAGGAAAUGAAGCGAAUUCGUGACUUUCAGAUGUACCAAAUGAAUCGCUUAGUCACUGCCACGAAUGGUGUGCAAGUUAAACUCCGAAAAGCGAAGGAAUACAAAGAACGCGUUGCUUCAGACUGGCAAAAGAAGACAGCAAAAACCAAAAAAGCCCGUGUUUAUCGUCGACAAUUGCAGGAACGCUUGAAAAAUCGGAUGAAAUUCCUUCGUGACGCGAAAAAAGUCAAAAAUAUAUCGCGUCAUUCCACAAGUUCGGGUUACUCGUCGCAAUCGAUGGGCGACAAAAGCUCCGAAACGAUGAUUUUUAAUGCGCCCGUCGAUGAUGUCUUUGAGAAACCCAAGAAAACGAGCAGUUUCUUCGGCGAUAGCGCAGGAACGCCCCUCAUAAAUCGUCAUUGCAAGGAGAAAUUGUUCGGGGCGACACCGAAAUUGAGUCCUAAGAUACCAUUCAGCUCACAAAAGGCGAGCACACCGAACGACAAGAGCCGCACAAAGGUUCUUACGCAGGAAUUUUCCUUCCAAAGUACUCCGUCGACUAUUUCUCGUCAUCGUCGUUGAGUUGUUGUUCAAUAUUUGUUAAUAAUUUCCAUUAAAAUGACCCAAAAUGACAUUAAAUGUCGAAAUUUAUUCAAAAUUUGUUAAAAAAUAAACAAUUUCCAUACUUUUCAAUGAUUUUUUUUAUUA